AUAUUUUUGAAAGAUUUCGGUAUGUAUCGGUACAUUUCUGAGUGUCGGACCGUUCACCUUAUCGAUAUGUCCGAUAAGUUUCUUUCUUUCUUUUGCUUCAAAAUGGCUGAUCAGAACGAGCGCGCCUUCCAAAAACAAUUUGGUGUGAACCUAAACCGCAAGGUGAAGCCAGGCGUCACCAAGAAGAAGAUCCUCCGCCGUUAUCGUGAUGUCGGUCUGGGUUUCAAGACCCCUCGUGAGGCCAUCGAUGGUACCUACAUUGACAAGAAGUGCCCCUGGACUGGCGAUGUUCGUAUUCGUGGUCGCAUCCUGAUCGGUGUUGUCCGCAAGACGAAAAUGCAGCGUACCAUUGUCAUUCGUCGUGACUACUUGCACUUUGUGCGCAAAUAUAGUCGUUUCGAGAAGCGUCACCGCAACAUGAGCGUCCACUGCUCGCCCGCUUUCAGAGAUGUUGAGCACGGCGACAUUGUCACCAUUGGCGAGUGCCGUCCCCUCUCAAAGACUGUGCGCUUCAAUGUACUGAAAGUCAACAAGGGUCAGGGUGCCAAGAAGAGCUUCAAGAAGUUUUAAAUGAGGACACCAGCGGAAAAGAUAAUAUUUGUAGAAUUUAUUCUUUUUGAAUAAAACAAAAAUUUAACUUUAAUCGCUAUUAUUCCACAGUCCAGUCCUCUCAGUUUCCACAGCAUUUUCAGAAGAUGCCGGCAGCCACUUAACUCAAAGAAUUCAAGAUGACCACUCGUGAAAGAUAAAUCAAUUAAUAACGGGAACUUGUAUGAAAUUUUUGUUAUAAUAAAAAAACUUUCAAUCCGAAAUAAAGGUUGCCAGAAUAA